AUAGGCAAAGACUUCCCUGGAAGCUCCCUCACAGUCUGCUCCCUAUAAAAGGCAGGCAGAUGAGCCAGAGGAGCAGAGAGGCUGAGACCAACCCAGAAACCACCACUUCUCACGCCGAAUCUCACACCUUCGGCCUCCAACAUGAAGGUCUCCGCAACACUUCUGUGGCUGCUGCUCGUAGCAGCUGCGUUCAGCCCCCAGGGGCUCACUGGGCCAGCUUCUGUUGCAACCACCUGCUGCUUUACCCUGACCAAUAAGAAGAUACCCCUUCAGCGACUGGAGAGCUACAGAAGGAUCAUCAGUGGCAAAUGUCCCCAGAAAGCUGUGAUCUUCAAGACCAAACUGGCCAAGGAUAUCUGUGCCGACCCCAAGAAGAAGUGGGUGCAGGAUUCCAUGAAGUAUCUGGACCGAAAAUCUCCAACUCCAAAGCUGUAAAUAAUCACCAUUUUUGAAACCAAACCGGAGGCUGAGUGUUGCCUCAUUUGUUUUCCCUUCUUACAAUGCAUUCUGAGGUAACCUCAUUAUCAGUCCAAAGGGCAUGGGUUAUAUUUAAUAUAUAUAUAUAUGUUUUUAAAAACCUAUUGCAUUUAAUUUAUUGAGGCUUUAAAAUGUAUCCUCCAUGUAUAUCAGUUAUUUUUAAACUGUAAAGCUUUGUGCAGAUUCUUUACCCCAUGGAACCCCCAGUUCGAUCCCCUGCCACAAGCGGGCAAUGUUCCCCCUCUCCUCUCUUCCUCCCUGGAAUCUUGUAAAGGUCCUGGCAAAGAUGAUUAGUAUAAAAAUGUCAUUGUUCCUGUGAACCCAAAGCGUCACUCAUUAAAUGGAAGUAAAUGUUGUUUUAGGAAUACAUAAAGUAUGUGCAUAUUU